AUGAGGGACCAUGGCACCGCGCAACGACAACUCCAUCCCACCACUCGGCGGCCGCCCAUCAGGCUUCCUCCUCGAUCUAUACCUCCGCGAGAUCGCUAUCGGAAUCAUGGUGCGAAGGACGAUCUUUAUGAUGGACCUGACGACGACGAUCCGUACGGCGAAGUGUUUGGUCUGGAUCAGUUCGACAAUGAACUGCUUCAGCAACCGGUUCCAGAUCGUCUGCAGCAGGCCGCCCUUGACCACAGACGACUGUCGCUUCACCCAAGUCGCUCUAAGUAUGUCGGCACGACGUCGUUCUCGCAGGCAGACCCAACCUCCCACUACUUGCACCAGGACCAGUCCCAUAUUUCUGCUCAAUACGUCUAUGUCUCACAACAACCCGAUACUAGUUCUGAUGCACAACUGGGGGCUUCAUCUAGCCCUGCCCUCAGGGCGGGUCAACGGCGAGCUCACAAGCGCGCAAACUACAUGCCUCAGACCACGACACGACUGCCUACUGCUACCUAUCACACCCCGGAACCAUCGCAGCUUCCGAAGAUUGCUUCGUUCCAACAAGCCCCGGCACACGGCCCUCAGAGACAUGCUCAUGACACUCCUGUUAUUCAAGGCAUCCCCCUGGUCUCGACAACUGCCCUGCCUGACCGCCUACGCAGUGUCUUCACUUAUCCCUUGUUUAAUGCAGUGCAAUCCAAGUGCAUCGACCGUGUCUUCAAGAGCGACGAUAACUUCGUGCUGGCUUCGCCUACCGGAAGUGGGAAGACUGCUGUUCUGGAGCUGGCAAUUUGCAGAGCAUUUGCGCAUAACGACUCCGGCCAAUACAAGAUUGUCUACCAGGCGCCGAUCAAGGCUCUCUGUUCCGAGCGUCAACGGGACUGGCAAAAGAAAUUUAGCCCUCUCGGCUUGACAUGCGUUGAACUCACAGGAGACUCUGACGCCAGCAAUCUGAGGACAGUCCAAACAGCGGACAUCAUCGUGACCACCCCUGAGAAAUGGGACAGCAUUACACGGAAGUGGAAAGAUCACGAGAGACUCAUGAGGCUCGUCAAGCUCUUUUUGAUCGACGAAGUGCACAUACUGAAGGAAGACCGAGGCGCUAUCCUAGAGGCAGUGGUCUCGCGUAUGAAGACGAUCGGGACGGAUGUCCGGUUUGUGGCACUGUCUGCCACAGUCCCAAACCUGGAUGAUGUGGCUUCCUGGCUUGGCAAGAAUCCUACGGCUCCUUAUCUCCCUGCAAACAGCGAGAGGUUUGGAGAGGAAUUCAGGCCUGUCAAGCUGAAGAAGCAUGUGUGCGGCUAUCAGUCUGGUAACCCCAACGACUUCGCUUUCGAGAGCACACUCGAUUCCAAGCUUCCCGAGGUCAUAUCCAAGUAUUCGGAACAAAAACCUAUCAUGGUCUUUUGUAUGACCCGGAAAUCAACCAUGCAGACUGCAAAGAUGCUGGCGGACUGGUGGUCCUCCAGUGAUCCACAGCGCCGUUACUGGAAGGACCCAUCGAAAUCAUUAGGCAUCCAAGACCAAGAUCUUCGCAAUUGUAUUGCAUGUGGAGUUGCAUUCCAUCACGCGGGCCUUGAAAGCAAGGACAGAUUCGCCAUCGAAAAGGGCUUUCUGGAUGGCGAUAUCGGUGUCAUUUGCUGCACGUCAACGCUUGCAGUUGGUGUCAACCUUCCCUGCCACUUUGUCAUCAUCAAACACACCGUCACCUGGACCAAUGGUGGGUUGCAAGAAUAUUCGGACCUGGAAAUAAUGCAAAUGAUUGGGCGUGCUGGAAGACCUCAAUUCGACACGAGUGCUGUUGCUGUGAUCAUGACCCGCCAGAACAAAAUUCGCCGCUACGAAACCAUGGUGAGUGGUCAAGAGGUUCUGGAAAGUCGCCUGCAUGUCGGUCUUGUUGAACAUUUGAACGCUGAGAUUGGACUUGGAACCAUUUGUGAUCUGGCUGCUGCUCGAAAUUGGCUCUCUAAGACGUUCUUCUACGUUCGCCUACGGAAGAAUCCGAGUUACUACAAACUCGAGGGUGCAAGGAGCGGUCAGCAUAUCGACGAACAGCUCGAUGACAUUUGCCUACGGGAUCUAUCGCUACUACAGGAGGCCAAUCUAGUGGAGGGCGACAGGCGCUUCAGAUGUACCCAGUUUGGAGAAGCCAUGGCGAGAUAUUACGUCAAGUUUGAGACGAUGCAGAUCAUUAUAGGCCUUCCCCCCAAAGCUCAGAUAUCAGAGAUCUUGUCCGCACUAUCUCAAGCGGCGGAGUUCAAGGACAUCAGAUUUCGUGCCGGAGAGAAGGCUCUCUAUAGGACGCUGAACACUUCCCCCUCGAUUCGGUUUCCUAUCCCUGUGAGCCUCGAUCUGCCCGCCCACAAGGUCUCCCUUAUCAUCCAGUCUGUGCUUGGAAGUGCCGAAAUUGCGUGGGAGAAAGAUGCACAAAAGAUCAAGGGACAGUAUCACAAUGAGGUAUUUGCGGUGUUUAGACAUGUCCAUCGGUUGAUACGAUGCAUUGCUGAUUGCCAAAUUGGUGUAGGGGAUUCCGUGGCACUGUUGCAUGCUUUGUUGAUUCAACGCAGUCUCAGAGCGCAAGCAUGGGAUGACGGUCCCUUACAUAUGCGACAACUUGAGGGCAUUGGUGUUGUUGCCGUGAGGAAAUUGGUCAAUGCUGGGAUCCGAAGCAUCGAGGACCUGGAAUACACUUAUGCUCAUCGAAUUGAGAUGAUCCUCGGCCGAAACCCUCCGUUUGGUUUGAAGCUCCUUGAAAAAGUCAAACUCUUCCCCAAACCACGCGUUUCGGUUCAGGUUCUGCCUAAGACGAUGCAAAGGACCAAUGACGGAGUGAAAAUCCAGCUCAAGAUCGAAGUGGGCCUCAUGAAUGAGAAGCCACUCGUGUCAUGGCAGAAGCAACCCGUAUAUAUCUGCUGUCUUGCGGAGACCUCGGAUGGAAGCAUGCUUCAUUUUGCCCGGAUCAGUGCACAGAAGUUGGGAAAGGGUCAAGAUCUCGUCAUCCCAGCCGUUGUAACCUCCCCAGACCAAUCGAUCAACUGCUAUGUGAUGUGCGACGAGAUAGCGGGAACAAUGCGGGAAGCGUCUGUCAAGCCGCGAAUUGCACCAACCAUGUUUCCUGCCUCAAAGUCGGUUGAUCCUACGCCUGUACUUGUGCCCAUUGAACGACCGACAUCCAACACGUCGAAGCGCAGAACAGAGGUCGCCGGAGUGUCACGGAAGUCCAGCGAUGAAUUUGAUGAUGGAAGCUUAGACGACGAUGAUCUUAUACGCGCAUCAUUUGCAGACCUUGACUUUGAGCACAUAGAGAAUUAUGCGAAUCCGAACGAUUCGCUCACGAAAAAGAACACGGCUAAGAACACAUUCAAGGGCGCCAGCAACAAGCCAGCUCGAAAAGCCUCGACAGGAGAGGACGAUUACCAACCCAUACAACUUGAGAAUGGAAAGUGGACGUGCAGGCACAAAUGUGGCGACAAAACCGCCUGCAGGCACUUGUGUUGCCGUGAGGGCGUAGAUCGACCACAUGCAGCCAGGAACAGAGUCCAGAAGACUACAGUGGCGACUGAGCCGGCACCUCCUUCGAGCUCAAAGAGAGGACCUACGCAGACUAAGCUGCAACUCACAGCAUCCAAAAGGAAGGCUUCGUCGGAUAUACAGACGCUUGAUCUGACCCAGCCAGAGAAAAAGCAAAAGUCGCAUUCGCUAACAAAACCGCCAAGGGAUAUCCGUAAUCUCAACGAGCUUCACAAGAAGGUUCUCCCGAAGGAUCCACCAGCCUCUCUAUCUGCGAUCACACAUACGAAGCCUGCUUACUGCUAUGUCGCUGGAGGUGAGCACGACUUGUCCUUUCUCGGCACUGGUUCUGUGGUAGGGCGUGGAGAAACGGUGACUUCCACUGACUAUGGCGACUUG